AUGGCAACCUCCAACACCACACGUGUGAGCUUGAAACUCCUGAUCGACACAAGGGGUUGCAAAGUUUUGUUUGCCGAAGCGAGCAAGGAUGUUGUUGAUUUUCUCUUCAGUCUCCUGUCUCUUCCUGUUGGGACUGUGAUCUGGCUCCUCUCCAAAGACGGCAUGGUUGGUAGCAUGGGAAAGCUUUAUGAGAGUGUCGAAAAUCUAAAUGACACAUACUUGCAACCCAAUCUUGACAAGGACACCUUGCUGAAACCAAAGGCCACAGUUGCUGUUGGUGCCAAUAUCCUUCCUCAGCUGACCAACAAUAUUAAUGUCGACUCGAAUUCUAAACAGUUCUACAUGUGUUCAUACUGCAAUCCGCGCCAUAUUUCCGAUGUUUGUAAUACCCCUUGCCCAAAUAGUUACAAUUAUUCCAUAUCCACUAAGGUGACUUAUGUUUCCCCACAAGCUUCUUCUUCUACGGUGGUGGCAAAGUCCGGCAGCGAGGGAGGGUAUGUCAAGGGAGUAGUAACAUACAUGGUCAUGGAUAACUUGGAGGUGAAGCCAAUGUCCACCAUUUCAAGUAUUGCUGUACUUAACCAGUUCAAUGUGAAGGAUGUUGGUGCUCUUCAAGAGGUGGUGGUUCAUCUUGGGAUGCAAGAGGGUUUGAAGCUGCUGAAGGCAUCCUUCGAGACCAGUGCAGUCCUUACCAAAGUGUUCCUGGGGGCCUAA